CAUGCUUUAUCAGUGUGUGACGUAGGUUUUCUAUGAUCGUGGUGCGAAGGUGACCAGAUCCUGAAGUUGCCGCGUUUUUAGGAAGAAAAAUGUCUCUUUUGAGACAUCUGGGGAAGUCUCUGCGGCCCGUGGUGGGGGCGAGGGCCACAGCGGUACCCACGGCGGGUUAUCACGAGAAUGUAAUUGACCAUUAUGAGAACCCCAGGAAUGUCGGGUCAAUGGACAAGAAUGACAAGAAAGUGGGAACAGGACUUGUGGGAGCACCAGCUUGUGGGGAUGUCAUGAAGCUACAGAUUCUGGUAGAUGAUGAUGGAAAGAUUGUUGAUGCCAAGUUCAAGACUUUUGGUUGUGGGUCUGCCAUCGCUUCCAGCUCACUGGCUACAGAGUGGGUCAAGGGCAAGUCUAUGGAUGAGGCUGCUACCAUUAAGAAUACUGAUAUUGCCAAGGAGCUGUGUCUUCCACCGGUCAAGCUGCACUGCUCAAUGCUCGCUGAAGAUGCUAUCAGAGCGGCUCUGAAUGACUACAAGCUGAAGAACAAACCAGCGGAAGAGUCGUCAGAUGCGAAGGCUGCAGCGCAGGCCUAGAAGCUAAUCGUGUGUACAAAGCUUCGAUGAGAAAAAAAAAUACCAAAAAAAGUAUAAAAACUAAAAAUACCAACAACAAAAAAAAGAAUAAAGACCACAAAAAAAUACUACGUGUAACACCCUCAGCAUUCGGAAGCGAGAGUCCUGAGUUCUAACCCCGGCAGGUGUACUGAUGGAUAUGUUGGCUUAGUGUCUGCUUUUUAACAGGCUGUUGACUUAAAAAGGGUCGCUGCAGAUGUAGCAUAACGGCAGAGUGUCAGUUUAGAGUUGUUACAGUCCCACACAGACUUGUGGAGUUGUGGUGGUGUGUUCAGCACAUCGGCAGAACAUACAGCGCCUCUGCAAAACCUGGUACGUAAAGUACAUAGAACUUCUACAGACUGCAUCAUUUAAGGUACUACGUAGUCUUCACAGAUUUAAGGUUUGCAAGUCGUGUCAGGAAAGAUAUCUUGUGCAAUGGACAAGAGUCUGAUGCAACCAAACAUCCAAUAGAAACCGUUUUGCGCAGGCGCAGUACAUUCUGCCGAUGUGCUUGUGUGUUCCAUGUUGGUUUUUGCACUAAUUUGCACAGAGCCAGUAGGGUAUAGAAAUGAUUGGUGAGACUAACAUUUUUGGCGAAGCCUGAGGGGCGAUGCCUUUCUAGCUAUGAUGGCAACAUUUUGAGUAGCGAUUUUGUGUGCAGCCUGGAUAGCAAGGGUUUAUUGUAUGAGAACUUGUCUGUAUCCCUGUAAACUGAGUAUUUACAAAAAUGGCCCCCCAAAAAAAGAAUAAAACAUGAAAACUGCACCGAGCACAAUCUAUAAGAGAUGACAUCCGCACACUGUAAGUGUAGGCAUGCAAUUUUGGUGGAAAUGGUGGCUUCUUUUUUGUUGAUGUUUUUGGUGGUCUAUAAAUGACCAGAGGUACAGUAUUUAGGAAGGUACUGUGCAGUGCAUGGCUGAGGUGUUUCUGUGUCAGGGUAAAACCAGUUGUCUAGGGUACUACUACUGUACUAACUGUGAUAAAGUUAUAUCAUUGUUCAGAAAAACAAAGAGGAAAGAUGCCAUUAGAUAUGGCAAGAAGUAUUGGCAAAUACUUGAGUGUAUCAGACUAACUAGGACUCUAUACUUGUGAUUUAAGAGUUAACCACCAUCAAGUUGAUUUGUAAUGUACCAUCACUAGUUCCUCGCAUGAAUCAGGUUACGGGAUGAAGAGGAUUAAAGCAGUUUGUGACAUAAAAUGCCUAAGAACCGAAUCAUUUUGUUAGACAGAAGGAUUGUAGGGAGAUGAAUAAAGCACCAGGGAUAUGAGUGAAAUAAAUUUGCCCAAAGAAGUGGAAACUUACCGUACAGUUAUGAGGAACAGAUAACCUGUGGCCAGUUUUUUGUCAUUUAGUCUCCGAUUUUUCCAUCACGUGUUUGAAAAAUCACUGAUGGACACUUUACUGUAUAUAUCUAGGGAACUAGUCAAGAUAUUGCAGUUAAGUUGGAGUCAACAGGAUGAAAGGUUAUAUGUUCAUGCCAAGUGCUUUGAAGCAUACUAAUAAAGUAUAGUUUGACUGGGA